UUUAAGUUAUAGGGUUUUUACACUCUACUUAGUCCCUCCAUCGAAGCCGCCCCGAGAAAGGAAGCAGAGGGCAAGCAAAAUGAAGACCAUUCUUUCUUCAGAGACAAUGGACAUCCCUGAUGGGGUUGCUAUUAAGGUGAAGGCCAAGAUGAUCGAGGUUGAAGGUCCCAGGGGUAAGCUCAUCCGUAACUUCAAGCACCUCAACCUCGAUUUUCACCUCAUCAAGGACGAGGAGAGCGGCAAGCGCAAGCUCAGGAUCGAGGCUUGGUUUGGCUCCAGAAAGACUAGCGCCGCCAUCCGUACUGCUCUCAGCCACGUUGAGAAUCUCAUCACCGGCGUCACCAAGGGUUACCGUUACAAGAUGAGGUUUGUUUAUGCUCAUUUUCCGAUCAACGCCUCCAUCACUAACGGCAACAAGUCCAUCGAGAUCCGUAAUUUCCUUGGCGAGAAGAAGGUGCGAAAGGUGGAUAUGUUGGAAGGGGUAUCCAUUGUUCGAUCAGAGAAGGUUAAAGACGAGAUCGUGUUGGAUGGUAACGAUAUCGAACUUGUGUCACGCUCGGCAGCUUUGAUAAACCAGAAAUGCCAUGUGAAGAACAAGGAUAUUAGAAAGUUCCUUGAUGGUAUCUAUGUUAGCGAGAAGGGCAGGAUCGCUGAAGAAGAAUGAUUGGUAUGGUAUCUCUUGUUUCAUAGUGUUAUAAUGCUGUUUUGGUUUUCAGACUUUAGAUUAUAAGGAUGUUAUCUUAUAUUUGUUUCAUCUUUAUGUUUUGCGACAUUGAGCUCCUUUCAUCAAUGACUUGGAAUGCAAUUUUUCGGCAACCCUUUUGCUGCAA